CACAAGACACGAGAGGAUAUAGACAACAGACCCAUUCUCUCUCCUAGCUUUCCCCAGAAAAGAUAUAAAGUGAACUUUAACGAAGAUCGCUAUCCAACUAAUAAUUGCUCUCUCCUUUUCCUCCUAUAUUUUCUUUGUUUAAUUUAUGUGGGGUUUCUACGUUCUCAGGGGUUUAUAUAUAUAUAUUCUUGUCUUCCAAUAUAACUUCCAGUAUUUGAGAGUCCUGUUGGCCAAUAUUCAGUUAGCUCUAUUAGUAGAAAGUAUUAGCAAAUUUGCACUUUGCUAAUACUAUUUUCUCGUUCAAGAUUUCAGUAUUUGGAAGCUUGUUUUAACCUUUGGUUAAAUUCUAAGGUAAAGCAAUGAUCUUUAUCUUCCAAUAACUCUUUUGUCUAUGCUCACAUAUUUUAGUUUCUUGAAUUUUCUUGCAAAAAGAGAGUUUUUAAAUACCCAACAUAGAUACAAAAAAAAGAAUGGAGGAUUGUUCAAGAAACAAAGAGAAACAACAUCAGCUUUUAGAUUUGAUUCCUAAAGAGAGGAAAUUGUAUAUGAAAAGGGAGCAAGAAACAAGCCAUGUUACUACUUCAGAGGAGAAAAAUCUAGAGUUGAGGCUUGGUCCACCCAAUGAAGAAAUAUGGUUCAAGAAAAUUGUCUACAAAAACAACUCCAAAGAAAGUGAAGACACCCUUUACUCUGUUAAUGGAAAAGACCAAGUAGUGAAAUUUUCUUCAUUUCUUCAGCUUCAAACAACGUCAAAUCAGAGCCAAAACCUGCAUUUGAUGACACAAGAAUCGUCACAAAUUUGUUGCAGUAAAGCAGAGAAAGCAUUUUCACCAGCUGUAGCUGCUGCAGAAACAGCUACAGCUGUGCCUAACAGCGCCCAGAAAAGGACUGCUCCAGCUCCCGUUGUGGGUUGGCCUCCAAUUCGUUCAUUUAGGAAGAAUUUUGCAAGUAGCAGCAAUACUAAACCUGUAUCCGAGUCACAAAAUCUGGUCCUAAGUAAAGCUGCUAUCGUUGAGCAGAAUGGGUUGUUUGUUAAGAUCAAUAUGGAUGGAAUUCCAAUUGGAAGAAAAGUUGAUCUCAAAACUUAUGACAGCUACGAAAAGCUCUCAUUCGCCGUUGAUGAACUCUUUAGAGGCUUAUUUACAGCUCUAACUGAUCAAUCUGCUGAUGGAAAUCAGAACAAGGAAGAGGAAGAGAAGCCGAUAACUGGUUUAUUAGACGGGAGUGGCGAAUAUACCCUUGUUUAUGAGGAUAAUGAUGGUGACAAGAUGCUUGUUGGAGAUGUCCCUUGGCACAUGUUUGUAUCGACUGUGAAAAGGCUGCGGGUAUUGAAAAGCUCCAACCUGUCCACCCUAAGCCGUGGGACUAAGCAGAUUUAGAUUCAACAUUUCUCUGAAGAGUGAGUGAGAUUGAAGUUUACUGGAGCUAACAUUGAUCCUAUGUUUGAUGAAUGUUCGUGCAAAUAUAAUUACAUUUUACUGAUCCUGAAAGAUUAUAUCAUAAAAGACGACUUGAUUCUCAACUGAGCUUUUACGUUACAUAUAUAUUUGAAAAGUUCAUCAACGGUUGUGUUGCGAUGGAUAAAUCUCUCUACUCUUAACAUAGAAGUUUCAGGAUUAAGCCUUAAGAAUGAAAAAAAUCUUAAUAG